AUGGGUUCAAACGAAGGGAAGCACAACUUGAUCAUUGUAUCGAACAGGCUGCCGCUGUCGAUCAAGCGCGUGGAUGGCACGUAUGAGUCGUCCAUUUCAAGUGGCGGGCUGGUCACCGCGUUAUCGGGCCUGACCAAGUCCACCCAAUUUCGCUGGCUUGGCUGGCCAGGUAUCGAAGUUAAGUCCAACAAAGAUAGGGAAGAAGUGUCCCGUACUCUGAAUGAGCACGAUGCAACCCCGAUCUUUCUGGACAGUGGAUUGGCGCAUGAACACUACAACAUGUUCGCAAAUCGCAUCUUGUGGCCCAUCCUCCACUAUCAGUCUGGUGUCGUCUUCGACGAUGGGCCGUGGCAAGCGUAUCGAAGGGUCAAUGAGUUGUUCGCCGCCGCGAUCGCCGAGGCUGCGGAGACCGGGACCCUAAUUUGGGUGCACGACUACCAUCUGAUGUUGCUUCCCGAACUCCUCCGCAACCGACUAUACGAGAAGAACAAGCACUGCGCCAUUGGGUUUUCACUCCACACUCCAUUCCCUGCUGGUGACUUCUGGCGAAACUUGCCGGUUCGGAAGCACCUUCUCGAAGGCUUAUUGUCCAGUGACCUGAUCGGGUUUCACACAGACGAGUACAAGCAGAACUUCCAAGACACCUGCGCCAAAAUUCCUAAUCAAAUCCGGUACAAGAACCGACUGGUCUGUGUGGGAAAAUUCAUUGUGGGCAUCGAUCCGCAGAAGUUCGCGCACACUUUGCAGAAUCCAGACGUCCAAGACCGCAUCAGGUCCCUUGAGGAACGCUAUAAGGAUGUUAAGGUCAUUGUUGGCGUCGAUCGACUCGACCAUAUAAAAGGCUUGACCCAGAAGCUGAAGGGCUUCGACUCCUUUCUGGAGGACUACCCGGAGCUGCGGGACAAGAUCAUCCUCAUCCAAGUCGCCGUGCCUAGUCGCGAGGAUGUCAAGGAGUACCAAGAACUAGAGACAGAACUGAGCACCUUAGCCGGCAAGAUCAACGGCAAAUACGCCACCCCGGACGGAACGCCGCUGCUUUACAUGCAUCGUUCAGUGCCAUUUACAGAGCUGACAGCGCUGUAUUCUGUGGCGGACGUAUGCCUGCUGACGUCGACCCGAGACGGAAUGAACCUGGUUUCCUUCGAGUUCGUCGCCUGCCAAGAGAAAAGGCAAGGCGUCCUCGUGCUCUCUGAAUUCGCUGGAGCAGCAUCCUUCAUGCGAGAGGGCAGCAUCUCCUUUCACCCCGCGAAUACGACGGAGAUGUCAGAGGCGCUGUAUGCGGCGCUGAAACUGGACCCUGAUGAGCGUAGACGCAAGUACGAAUAUCUGAGAGACUUUGUGAAUACACAUACCAGUGCGAAAUGGGGUCAAACAUUUAUAGAGAAGCUGUCUCAGCGCUGCCGACAACCAGGAAAGGCGUGCUGA